AUGAUAGACGAUGGCUACUCAUGUCUACUGAACUGUAACUCUCGAGACACUUCGUGCGUGGCCAAUUUAUCCAAAGAAAUCCUAUAUCAGUAUCGUACUAUACCUACCAUACUACAAUUGGAAAAACCAUUAGAGGUAAACACACUACAUAAGCUAAAAUUUACUAAAUAUUUGGAGGUAACGAUUAAAAAACAAUCAAUAAAUAUCAACCCUAGGAAUAAGUAUUUACAGAUAUCAAGGAUUACAGUAUCUAUGCCAGUCCCAUUCGUAUCAGACUUUAUACUUGAUAAUAGGUAUAAACGAGACUUUACUAUAGAAAAAGUGAACGAGCAUGUCGGUAAGACGUUUAAACUUAACAAAACGAAAAAGAUCAAAAAGUACACAAAAUUUUACCUUAUGAUGCCCUCAGUUGCCACUAAACACCGCUGACCUUAUUUUUUAUAAACUUUUUGACCAAAAUAUGACGUUCACACACUAUUUUUAGCCAUAAUAUCGUUGAAACGUCCCAUAACAGGACCGAGGACAGAAGUCAUACGAAUGACUGUAAACACCAAGACUCCGUACAGAACGCUAAUAACCCACAACAUAAUCUAUAUCGAGGUUCAUGUCUCACAGUACGAGUUCUAA